AUGACGGGCAGAUACUCGUUGCGCCAGACUCCUAGGAAGAAAGAGCUCUUUGAGGGCAUGGUUGAGACCCCUCGGCGUGUUUCUUCUAGACGCAAGUCCCCCGAGGCCACCACCGGCGCAGAGGUUACCGAGUCGAAGUCGCAAUCCCGUGCCCCGAGACGACGCACCACGGGAAAGUUCCGCGAGGAGCUCGACAACGAGGCAGAGUCGACAUCAGCGAACAGCAACGCCGACUUUGAUGAACCUUUAACCAACGGCCACGCCAACGGAUACACCAAUGGCAAUGUCAAGGAGGAGCCCAUCGCCAACGGCCACACCAAUGGGUACGCUCAGGUGAAGGUUGAGAUCGCAGCCAACGGCAACGGCCACGCAGCCACGCCCAAGGAGGAUGCUCAGCCAACCUACAAGAAGGGCAAUGUCAUUGACGGCUGGGAGGUCGGUACGGAUCCCAAGAUUGAUGCCUCGGGCGAGUUCGAGUUCGGAGGCAGCAUUGGCACCAUGUCGCUGAUGAUCGGCUUCCCUCUGCUCAUGUGGUACAUGUGGAUUGGAGCCACCUACUACGGCGGCGGCGUUCCUACCCGUGAGGAGGGACAGAGCUGGGGCGAGUUUGGCCGUCAUCUCGUGGACCUUGUCUACACUGGUGCAUACCCCUCUCUGCGUGCCUGGCGCAUCUACUGGACCUUCUUCACCUUCGAGGGUAUCUGCUACUGCGUGCUGCCUGGUGUCUGGGCUUGGGGCAAGCCUCUUGCUCACGAGAACGGCAAGCAGCUCAAGUACUUCUGCAACGCCUACGUCAGCUUCUACUUCACGAUUGCUGUCAUGGCCGUGCUUCACUUCACUGGAUUCUUCCCCCUUUACACCUUCCUCGACGAGUUUGGCCCUUUGAUGUCUGUGGCUAUCCUCAGUGGCUUCCUCGUGGCCUUUGCUGCCUAUUUCUCCGCCCUCUGGAGAGGUGCCCAGCACCGCAUGACCGGCUACCCCAUCUACGACUUCUUCCUUGGCGCCGAGCUGAACCCCCGCAUGUUUGGCAUCUUGGACUUCAAGAUGUUCUUCGAGGUCCGCAUCCCCUGGUUCAUCCUCUUCGGUCUCAGCUGCGGCGCUGCCGCCCGCCAAUAUGAGAAGUACGGCUACGUCUCCGGCGAAGUGCUCUUCCUGGUCAUGGCCCACUACCUCUACGCCAACGCCUGCGCCAAGGGCGAGCAGCUCAUCGUCCCGACCUGGGACAUGUACUACGAGAAGUGGGGCUUCAUGCUCAUCUUCUGGAACCUUGCCGGCGUUCCUCUCUCGUACUGCCACUGCACCAUCUUCCUGGCCAACCACCACCCUUCCGAGUACAAGUGGAACCCCUUCGCGCUUGGCUUCCUCUUUGUCUCCUAUCUCUUCGUUUACUGGAUCUGGGACACCACCAACAGCCAGAAGAACGGCUUCCGAGCCCAGGAGCGCGGCCAGCUUGUCGCCCGCAAGACCUUCCCCCAGCUCCCCUGGCAGACGGUCAAGAACCCCAAGACCAUCACCUCGGACAAGGGCGAUGUCAUCCUCGCUGACGGCUGGUACGGCUACGCCCGCAAGAUCCACUACACGUGCGAUGCCUUCUUCGCCAUCUGCUGGGGUCUGAUCACGGGUUUCAAGAGCCCCUUCCCCUGGUUCUACCCCGUCUUCUUCUGCGGCAUGAUUGCCCACCGUGCUGCUCGUGACAUUCACCGCUGCCGCCAAAAGUACGGUGAUGCCUGGACCCAGUAUGAACGCGAGGUUCCCUACCUCUUCAUUCCUGUAAGUCUUCCUCUUUCCGCUGGAAUGGACAAAAGCCAACAAUAA